AAUUAUCGAGGGAUUGUAAUAAUUUAUGCUAAUGAGGUAGCAAGUGCCCUUUAUAUGUCGUGACGUCAUUAAUUAGUGUCUAAAUAUAUCGUAUUGUGGAGUGUACAUGUAUAAUCAGAAAUAACAAAUAUAAAAUCUAAUAAAAGAUGAGAUGGAGGGGAUUAAAGUGAAGAAAUUCGGACCCACGUGCGGAAAACACGGUUCAAGUGUGUUUUACAAAGCGUUUAAAUAUAAAAAGAAUGGGAAAAGUAAAAUUAUAUCACUGGGACAAUUUUUCUUUAUGAAAAUUUUGGACUCGAUCCCUAUCUGUAUUGGCGAGGUGCAGCUGGUUUGGGAAGAUAAACCUUCUGGAACAGACUUGGCCAGUGUUAGGCUUUAUUUUCUCCCAGAAUGUACGCCCGAUGGUCGGCAAACGAGCCACGGAGAGGAUGAGAUUUUGGCUUACUAUGAGAAAAUUGUGCUAAAACUUAACGAUCUGGCUGCCAUGGUGGUACAUGAUGUCUCGUGGAGUGAUGGACGCCGUGCGUUCACGUGCGCUCGAGACAAGGAAGCACGAGUCAAGGAAGUACGCGACGGUGACUCUGCUGACCUUGCAGACGCUUUCAGGAUGAACAGUUUCGGUUUGGAUAACAGAGAUGUUGAAAAAGAGAUCGAGGCAGCAGACAUUAAUGAAGAGAUGGAAGAUAGUUCACCAGAUGUCGUUAUCAUGACGUACCCAAGAUACUGUCGAUAUCGCUGCAUGCUGAAACGGCUGGAGAAUUGUGAGGACAAGUGGUUGUAUAAAACCCUCGUGUGUGCCCUCGGAGGGUUCACCUCGCUUAAAGACAACAAUCGAGUGUACUUCUGUAAAGAUAUAUUCGAGCAUGCAGAUCUUGAUGAUUUUGAACUCAGAUGUGAUCAUCUAGCGCCAAACUUGAAAGGUCGGCCUCGUAAACGUAAAGGAUCAAAACGAGACUCUAAUGAUUCAUCUGACGAUAGUAGCUGCUCAUCGAGCUUCUCGGCACAACAAGAUUCUGCUGCAAAUAAAGUCAGGACGGGUUCAAGAGCAACACCUUUGAGGAAUGGUUUUAGAAUCGACAAAAUAAAUGUUAGCAAGGAUGAGCAAGCAUUCCUCAUAGAGUUACACAAAUAUAUGAAAAGCAGAAAUACACCGAUAGGAAGGAUCCCUAGCCUUGGUUUUAAACAAAUUGAUUUGUUCCAGUUUUUCACCUUGGCUGAAGAGAUAGGUGGAUAUGAACAGAUUACUGCUAAACGUUUGUGGAAGAAUAUUUAUGAUGCUCUUGGUGGGAAUCCAGGAAGUACGAGUGCCGCCACGUACACAAGACGGCAUUACGAGAAGCUACUACUACCAUUUGAACGAUACAGGAAUGGAAGAGAGUUUAAGCCAAUACAGAAUAAGAAGAAAAAGUUGAAAUUAGAAAAUCACUUACUGUUAUCAGAGAAGGUCAAGGCCAAUAAACAAAAUGACGGCAUGGAUGUGAAGGUCAAAGGUGAAAUCAAGGUAAAGACUGAGGUCAAAGUAAAAUCAGACACAAAACCAUUAGAGAAUGGUAAGGCAGAGAGUGUUAACAAAGAGAGAGCCGAAAUUAAAGAUAAAGCACUUAUCAUUAAACAAGAAAUAGAGGAAAUGAAAAUGAGAAAGGAUGCUCGUAAACACGGCACCUCAAUCAUGAAUAAAACAAAUACAAAAGUAACUGGCUCGUUGGAAAAAAAGAAAUCAUGUGAGGAGAUUAAGAAACAAAGAUGGACAGAAAAGGGACGAAGACCAUCUGGUGGCCAGAAAACUGUACGAGAACUGCUACAUCAAAAUGGCCAGGAGUCAGCUGAAACUUUCGAUGGAGCUGGUUCUGAGAAGCAUACAGAUCAUAAACAUCAACAUCUAAGAGAAAAGGAAGAUGGAAAGAAGAGUGAGAAAUUAGAUAAAAGGGAAUCUGGUAUUCCAAACGUACCUAAAGUUUUACACGCCCCUACUUCACAAAAUGACACAAAAUUUGUGUCUCAACAAUCUAUUCUGCCUAACAUGAAUGCACAACGCCCAAUGUUUUAUCCACAGUUAAUUCCGGUUGGUGGAGCAAUUAGAAAUAUGACACCUAUUGGAAUGCCAUUUAUGAUUGGUGGGCCACAGUUUGGUUUCCAGCCUGUCCCUAAUCAGAUGCAAACAAUGCAAACUUUUGGUGGUCCUCAUGGUGUAAAGGACGAGAAACCACUUAAUGCAUUAAAAUAAACUUGUCUCAGAGCAAAGUGCCGGACCAAGUAAUAAUAAAAAAUGCAAUAGCAUCGCACUCGGUUAAAAAUAA